AUGACUACUCGAAGUGAAGAUGUGCUCACAAGAGUGUCAACUGAUGCUGCUACUGAAUUUGUCCAAUCCUUCUACCCCGCGCUUCAGUCCAAUCGCGCCGCAAUCGCUUCAUUUUACGGCCAGCCCACCUCUACGAUCCUAUUCAACGGAAACGCUGUCGCGGAUGGCAAUGCCGUCCAAGAAAUUUUCGUCAACCAGAUGCCCCCUGCUCAUUACGAGGUGCAGUCGUUCGAUUGUCAGGUCAUCAAUCCAACGUACCCCACGCCAACAACAUCCGGCGUGAAGCUCCCCAAUCAGACGACUGUCAAGGACAUGUCAAUAUUGGUGGUAGUAAGUGGCUAUGUACGAUUUGGGGAGUCCAGAGAUCUACCGCAGCGUGGCUUCAGCGAAACCUUCAUUCUGGUACCGAAUCCUACAGCGGAUGCCCCCAAAGGAAAACGCCGGAGAGAAUGGCUUAUUCAAACACAAAACUUUCGACUUGUCGUUUGA